AAGUUAUUUGACAGUUGGCAGCAGCCCAUCAACUCAUCCGCGUCCCCUCAGGGGCAGCUCUAGGAGGACCAAGUCUCUACACACAAGUUGUACUCUACAGUCGGUUCACUCGGUUACCCUAAAGCGAAUUAAAACUUCGUUUGCUCGAAACUGCUUGCUGGGUGUCAACUUGUCAAUGUGCGUCACGGAAUGGAAGUUUGGUGGUCUAAACUCCCGGCCAUCCGUCUCAUAAUAUGAACACACUGUUGACCCAUUUUCUGUGCUCCCAAACUUGAUGUCCAAAAACCUCCUUGUCAUCUUCAACUUCAUGUUACCUUCGAUUCGAAGUUAUUCAAAGUGGCACGACGGCUGUCAUUGAUCUCAAGCCGAAUUAUGUUUUGCCUGAUGCUUGACAUCUGGAGAAACCGGGUGGGUACUCAUUUGUCACCGCCUGUUUGAAUACGCGAAAACAUAUAUCUGCUCUCCCAGCCCGAUAUACGCCAGCCCGGGCCCUUAUUAGACGCACAUCCCCGUCGCCGCGACACCUGAUGUCUUCCGGAUGCUCAACGGUCGCCAACACCAACGCGUACUUCCAUCUCCGUGUGGCAUCGGUCUUCAUCGUACUCGUUUGCGCAUCGUCUGGCGCUCUAUUCCCGGUGCUAGCGCGGCGAUCCACAUGGCUGCACGUACCGAAGGCCGUAUUUGACUUCGCAAAAUACUUCGGGUCGGGUGUUAUCAUUGCCACGGCCUUCAUACACCUUCUCUCACCGGCGCUAACCGAGCUAUCCUCUCCUUGUUUGUCGCCGGGGUGGACAGACUAUCCCUACGCCCUGGCACUAUGCCUUCUCAGCAUCUUCUCCAUAUUUGUGCUCGAGCUAGUCGCAUUUAGGUGGGGGACGUCCAAGCUGGAGAGCAUCGGGCUUCGCCACGACCCGCAUGGUCACUUUGUAGGCUCGCAUGCUGCACAUGGGCCUGAGGGAGGCUCGGCAACGCCGCCGAAAAGCACGCAGACAGAGGCGGAACUGAUCGAGAAGGAGCGCGACGUCGAGGAAUCUGCGCAUCAGCAUCAGCAUGAGCAUCAUGGGCACCACCACGGGGAGCGAUUCGACAAUUCGGCGAGUGCGCAGAUCGUGGGUAUCGCUAUCCUCGAGUUCGGUGUGCUGCUGCACAGCGUGCUCAUUGGCCUGACCCUUGCCGUCGACGAGGGCUUCCGGGUGCUAUUCGCGGUGAUCAUCUUCCAUCAGACAUUUGAAGGCCUCGGUCUCGGCUCGCGGCUAGCCGGCAUCAGGCUUCCGCCACGCUACAAUUACGUUCCGGUCGUCGCUGCGAUCAUAUACGGGUUCAGCACUCCCAUCGGUAUCGCUGUUGGUCUUGGCGUGCGGAGGACGUACAACCCGGGCAGCGCUACGGCGUCGAUCGUCAGCGGGGUGUUGGACUCGCUCAGCGCUGGUGUACUGAUUUACACGGGGCUGGUUGAGCUUCUGGCUCACGAGUUCCUGUUCAACAAGGAGAUGAUGAACAGCUCGAAUGGGCAUCUUGCGUAUGCAAUCGGCACGAUGCUCCUGGGAUGCGGGCUGAUGGCACUGCUGGGGCGCUGGGCAUAGAGUCUCAGCUGAGAAGUCUCCAUUACGACACACAACCUAUUGCUCACACUGCUUUUAUCGUUAUUCACACCCGUGCCCUCCAAUGUAAUGCUUUGUACUUCUGUAGCCAAGGUUUAGGACGAUCAGUUUCACUACGCUAUCAAUCGACACUGGCAUAUAUAUACAUUGGAGAGACGGGGUUCCAGG